AUGCCACCAACCUCACACCCACCAAUAAGUUUGACGUCCGUGCUCGCUGUUGUGUUUUCCUUGGUUAUCCUCUUGGCCAAAAGAGGUUAUAAGGUAUAUGAUCUAGCCACACAAAAAUUCUUUUUCUCACGUGAUGUCAUCUUUCAUGAGCAUAUCUUUCCUUACACUUCCUCACCAACUAUAGACCAAAACGACAUGCAUGUUACUCCCAUUAUCCAUCCAGCACAUGGCUCCAAUUCCCAUGACCACACCACCUGCACUCUUGGCCCACAUCAAAUGGUGCUUGAUUCACCACACACCACAGUCCCUAUUUCCCAAACCAACCUUGAGCCUUCAUCACCACUAACACCAAUUCUUACACCACCUGCCGACACACUACCUGAACCCAUCACUUCCAGCACCUCUCUUCCUCAACCAUCUGCACCACCCAUUUCUCACCAAGCCUCUCUUCGCCACUCUACUCGUCUCACCAAACCACCAGCCCACUUCAUAGAUUACGUGGCUCAUCACUCCACCUUGCUCACGCCCACAGAGGCCCUCUCACGGUCCAUGUCCAGCAUGCGCCAUCCAUUGCAUCAGCCUGUUAAAAUCCCCAAUGGAUUGCCGCAAUACAAGCCGAACUCACGACCCUGGAAGAAAAUAAAACCUGGAGUUUUCUUCCUCUUCUGCUUGGACAAUGACCCAUUGGCUGCAAAUGGGUUUUCAAACUCAAGUACCGAUUCGAUGGCACUUUUGAACGCUACAAAGCACGUCUCGUUGCCAAAGGUUUCACCCAACGUGAAGGUAUCGACUACAAAGACACCUUCGCACCGGUAG